CCCCGUGAGGCUCCCGCUCUUCAUCCCCAUUUGACAGCGGCUCCGGAGGGACGGCGGGGCAGAUCCCGGAAAAUGGCCACGGACCCGCAGGAGGGAGUCGCCCCGGGGCGCGAGGGGCCGCCGACGGGGAAGGCGGAAGAGGACCGGGCCCGGGACCCGCAAUCCGACCCGCCGGAGGCCGCCCGCCCGGCCCCGGACGCCCCGAGCCGCCGCUUCCGCCGCUUCCGCUACCGGGAGGCGUCGGGGCCCCGCCAGGCGCUGGGCCGCCUGCGGGAGCUGUGCCGCCUCUGGCUGAGGCCCGACCGGCGCACCAAGGAGCAGAUCCUCGAACUCCUGGUCCUGGACCAGUUCCUCGCCAUCCUGCCCGCCGACACCGGGGCCUGGGUGCGGAUCCAGCGCCCCCGGAGCGGCGACGAGGCCGUGGAGAUGGUGGAGGAGCUGGAGCGGGAGAUGGCCGGGCCGGGGCCGCGGGACCCGGGCGGGACGCGGGGACGGGAAGCGGCCGCGGAGGAGGAGCCGGGGCCCGGGGCCACCAGCCGGCCGGCCGCCCUCCCGCCGAGGAACCCCGGUGAGAAGCGCCGCGGGCCCGGACCCGCCCUCACCGCCCUCCCGGGAAUAACCGCCGCGGUCCGCGUCGCGCGCCGCCCGCGUGCCGAGCGCCACGGCGGGCGCGGGCCGAGGGGGUCGGCCCCCAGAGCCCCGCCGGCCCCGCUCCCCGCCGCCGCGGCCGGGCCGGUGACGUUGGAGGACGUGUCCGUGGAGCUGAGCCGGGAGGAGUGGGGCCUCCUCGACCGGGCCCGGAGGGAGCUCUACCGGGACGUCAUGCUGGACAACUACCGCAACGUGGCGGCGCUGGGGGGACGACGUCUCGCGGCGCGCCGGGCGGCCCCCCCCCCCCCCACGGGGACCCGCGUCCGACCCCGUCGCGGGCGGACCGAACGGGUGCCGCCGUGGUCAUUCUCUGUCGUCACCUUGGUCGUCACGACGGGACGGAUCCCCGGCCGCCCCACGGCGUCCCGCCUCCAGGGUUCCCGCUGGCCAAGCCCGAGGCCAUCUCCCGGCUGGAGCGGUGGACGGAGCCGGGGCCCGCGGGGCCGCGGCGGGCGGAGAGCGGACCGGACCCCGGAGACCCCGGCCCGGCGCGUCCACACCCGGGAGCGGCCCUACGAGUGCGCCGACUGCGGCAAGGCCUUCAGCCAGAGCGCCCACCUCGCCCAGCACCGCAAGAUGCACACGGGCGAGAAGCCCUUCCGCUGCCCGGACUGCGGCAAGGCCUACAGCCAGAACGCCCACCUGACCCAGCACCGGCGCACCCACGCCCGCGAGGCGCCCUACCGCUGCGCCCAGUGCAGCCGGGGCUUCCGCCAGCGCUCCCACUUCACCCGGCACCAGCGCGGCCACGGCCGGGAGCCCUCCUUCCGCUGCCCCGACUGCGGCCGGGCCUUCGGCCACGGCUCCUCGCUCACCAACCACCGGCGCGUCCACGCCGGGGCCCCCUCCGCCGCGGCGCCCGCCGCCCCCGUCUAGGCCCCGCCGC